UUUUACAUACGAGUUAAUAACAUCAUAUUUUUUGUUAAAAAAAUUAUUUAUUAAAAUGGAUGAAAUUAAAUUAAGUGAUGAUGUGUUUGAACAAAUAAAAGACUUCAAACAUUGUAAUUUGACUGAAGAACAAAAAUCGUUAAUUGAUAAACUAAUAACAGACAAAAAAUUAAAAGAACGUUAUGAAUAUAAUGGUUUAUGUAAAAUUUGUAAGCAGUUUAAUACUAGUUCUUAUUAUUGUCAUCCAUGUGUUUCUAAUCAUUUUCAACAAAAUUUCAAAAAUUGGACGAGUGGAAAUCAUGUCGUUGAUGAAUUUAUUCAAAAAGCACAAUUAAAAGCUAAAGAUGAGGACAAUAUCAUAGAGUGGAUUGAAUAUGAUAAAUUUGAAAAUGUUGAAUAUUUAGCAAAAGGGGGAUUUGGAACUACUUUUAAAGCAGUUUGGAAAGAUGGUCCUAAAGUCGCUUUAAAGUGCUUACAUAAUUCACAAGAUAUUACAGCAGAUUUUUUAAAGAAGUAAGAUAUUUUCUUAUGAAUCUUCAUUAGCCUUCAUAAAUGUUAAACUAACUAUAA